AUGGCUACCUUCUCGCGUCUCGUCCGCUUUCUUGCGAAAGAUGGACUUGUAUACUAUGGCGAUGCCAUUCUUCCGGCUGGCGUCAGUGACAUUGCCAAAGCGACCAAGGCGCGGGUGAUCCAAGGCGACAUAUUUGGUCAGCACCAGGUCACAGAUAAGGUCGUUGAAAUAAAGACGCUUCUUGCGCCGCUGGCGCGACAUGACAUCAAGACCGUGAGAUGCCUCGGCCUAAAUUACGAGCAACACGCCAAGGAGUCCAAUCUUCCGAUCCCGAAGUAUCCAGUGCUCUUCUACAAGCCAGUCACAGCCAUCACCGGCCCUACGGAUGACAUUCCUGUUUCCGCGAUGGCGCAGGAAGGUGAGGGCCUGGACUACGAAUGUGAGCUUGUGGUAGUCAUUGGAAAGGAAGCCAGGGACGUUCCCGAAUCCCGUGCCCUGGACUACGUCCUGGGAUACGCAGUUGGAAACGACGUUUCCCACCGCGAUUGGCAGAUCAAGCGCGGCGGUGGACAGUGGGCCUUGGGUAAAGGAUUCGAUGGGUGGGCGCCUUUUGGACCAGGCAUUGUGUCUGCAAAGUUGAUCCGUGAUCCAAAUGCCCUCAACAUCUCCACCAAACUGAAUGGUCAAACUGUCCAGUCGUCAUCCACGAAGGACAUGAUCUUCAGCGUGGCCAAGACCAUCUCCUUCCUUUCCCAGGGCACUACACUACUGCCUGGUGAUCUCAUCUUUACUGGAACACCCCAAGGCGUGGGCAUGGGCAGGAAACCUCCGCUCUGGCUGAAGGAUGGCGACGUGGUCGAGGUGGCACUCCAAGACGUGGGAUCCUGCACCAAUCGGGUUGUCUUCAGCAAGCCGUCGGCGAAGCUGUGA